AUUUGGAUUUUGUUAGUAGUGAUAAGUGUUAUUGAUAAUAAAAUGACGCACGCGAGAGGUUGACGGAAAAUGGUAGUAGGUCGCGAUGGCGCCCGAUGCCGACGUCGAGCACCGAGCGGGCUACCGACCAGUGCCAGUGCAUGUGCCACGAGGCCCACGGGAUACUCCACGCCGCGUGGCACCCUCCCGGCCCCCAGCGACCCGAGCGUGGCUGGAGCGGGAGACCAGAAGCCCCGGCGAGCACCGCCGUCUCCUCGACUCCCCGCCGAGCCCGAAACUCCAAGCCGGCCUCACGCUCGGAGUGUGGGAUGUUCUCAAGAAACAGAAGCAAGACAAGCCGAUAGAAGAAAAGCCGAAAGUUAAAACGAAGUUUCAGAAGAGAUCGGAGAAGUUGUACGCUGUUCUCAAACCGCCUUAUUUUAUACUCACCGUUAUUAUUAUAAUCGUGUCAAUGUACCUGUGGGGCUCGGAGCGCGCGCGCACGCGCCUGGAGUGGUCGCCGGGCGCGUGGUGGCGGGAGCCCUGGAGGCUGCUGUCCUACGGCGUCAUACACGCCUCGGCCACGCACUUGGCUACCAACGCCAUCGUUGCCCUUGCGGUGGGCUGGGUGCUAGAGCGUGAGCAGGGCCGCGGCCGUGUCUGCGCGAUAUGGGCGGCGGGGCUGGCGGCGGGCGCGCUAGGCGCCGGAGCAUUACAACCGCGAGUACGCGUCGUUGGGGCGUCCGCUGCCGUCUAUGCGUUGUUGACAGCACAUCUGCCUAACGUCUGCCUUAGAUUCGGCCACAUCCCGCUCUGGUGGUUCCGGCCUCUAAGCGUGGUGGUGCUAGCAACAUCAGAGACGCUAAGCUGGGUGCUGCUGCGCACGCCAGCAGCCGCCUGGGACACGGCCCCAGUGGCCUGGUCGGCCCACGCUCUGGGAGCCGCCGUGGGCAUUCCUGUUGGCUUCCUCGUCUUCUCAGGAGAAAACUCCAAUAAAACACCUAUUUUAAUCGCCAGGUUCAUCUCUGCCUUAGCAUUAAUAGGAGGGACAACCCUAGCUACAAUCCAUUAUGUGUUCUGGCAUGAGUUGGAUACAUGACGCACAAUUAACAGCCUUAAAGAGGCGACUUAAAGUGCAAUUUCCUCCGUCCGCUAUUACAUUAGCUUCCGAUGGAAUUUAUACCUUAGUUUGAGAACCAAAGGAAUGAUGCAGAUGAUUGCGCCAAGUCUUCCUUAACGUAUUGUUAUUGUUAAAUUUUUCUAGUUUAUUUUCAUGUUAGUAAACAUGAGAAUAUUUGUUGCUGAAAAUGUAUGACUUUUUAUACAGGCCGUAGGUAUAAAUUGUACUAGAAGUGAUUGUUUGUUGGCACAGCUUUUUGUGUUGGAUAUUGUGAUGUGAUGCUUUUAAAUCACGCGUGGCCAUACUCCCUUUACUUACUUACAUACGUUUCAUGGAGCUGAAAAAAUUAGUUUUAGAAAGAGAAAAAGUUAAAGUAAGACUCUUCAGUCGGGUGUUGUGCCUGGUGGCCAACGUUUUUGGCCUUUUAUCAGACUUGCGACUGAUUUUCAGUUCUAUGAAACGAAUGGGAAGUAUUAUUCUCGGCUCAGUACUUAGUAAUAAGUCUUGAUUUCUAUGAAAUCGAAUAUUUAAGAUUGUUUUGCAUCAAAACAUUGGGUUCAAAUGGCUUGUGAUUACACGUUACUCGUAUAUAUGUAAGUUUAUUAUAAGCAUUAUUAUAAAUAUUUAAGAAUAUUUGUAUGGUUACGGAGAAGCGACUUAUUUUUAAUUUGACGUAUAUUUACCAAAAAAUGCAAACAAUUAUUAACGUAUUUUUCAAAUUGUUUGAUGCACACUAAAAUGCAGAUAUUUGGUGCCUAGUUAACUGUAUUGCUCAGAAAUUUGUGCCAUAAUUCAAUGAUUGAGAUCCCAUUUAAUUUCUGUUAUUAUUUUUAUUACUUUGGGCUAAAGGUAAGCUUUAUGGAGACCUGUUUUACUGGUUAUGGAUAGAUAAUAAUAAGUGUAGAUAUCAUGUGUAAUAUAACUUUUAUCAAGCAGGAUAUUACUAUGAUAUGAUACUACAAUGUAUGUGAUAUCACGUUGUUACUGGCGAAUUCUCAAUAAAACUUGGACAACAA